GGCGGCGAUGCGCGGGGCUCGGAACAUGGAGGACUACGGGCUCUUCCUGGCGCUGCUGGGCUCGGCACUGCUGGUCGGCUUCGUUUCGGUCGUUUUCUCCCUCGUCUGGGUCUUCAGCUACCGCGAAGGGCUCGGCUGGGACGGGGGCUUCGCGGAGUUCAACUGGCAUCCCGUCCUUAUCGUAACGGGCUUCGUCUUCAUCCAGGGCAUCGCCAUUAUUGUGUACAGGUUGCCAUGGACCUGGAAGUGCAGCAAACUCCUAAUGAAGUUCAUACAUGCCGGAUUAAAUACCAUAGCUAUGAUUCUUGCAAUUGUUUCUAUGGUAGCUGUGUUUGACUACCACAAUGCCAGGAGCAUCCCCAACAUGUACAGUCUGCACAGCUGGAUUGGGCUGACUGCUGUUAUAUUUUAUUCUGUUCAGCUUUUCUUAGGUUUUGCUAUCUUCCUACUCCCGUUUGCUCCAGUACCUCUCCGAGCAGCUCUCAUGCCAAUACACGUUUAUUCGGGUCUCCUCAUCUUUGUAACAGUGAUUGCAGCAGCUCUCAUGGGAAUCACAGAGAAACUUUUGUUCGCACUGAAUAGUACUGUGUACAGUACAUCCCCACCAGAGGCAAUUUUUGUCAACUGUCUUGGUCUCUUGAUUGUCAUAUUUGGUGCACUUAUUUUGUGGAUGGCAAGCAGGCCCCAUUGGAAGCGCCCACCAGAAGAGAACGCUAAAGUUCAGCAGCCCAAUGGAGGGGCUCCUGAAGGCAUGGAAGCAGAAUCCACAAUGACAGAUUGCAGUAAUGCAGACAAAUCUGAUGUGGGGUUCAACAGUGAAGCAGCCAGAAAACGAAACUUCAAACUUGAUGAAGCAGGGCAACGAUCAACCAUGUAAAGAAAAUAUAUACAAUAACAGUACUACUAUACUGCCAAAAAAAACCUGUUCCUUCCAAUUUAGUUAUAUGGAUAUACAUAGGUUGCAGUAUCUUUUUCAGUAUGGUUUGUUCAAGGACCUUAAAGUUCCCAGCAUAUGAAUUUAAAUUCCAGUGUGUCCCAAACACACUGUAUUGGUUCCUACUCAGUCCUCACUCAAAAACUGAGAGCAUGGAUGGCAUCACAUAUUGGGAAAAAUUUUCCCAUACCACUUUUUAAAUUAAUAGUUAUAUGUCCAAGAGUCAUGAAGAGUUAUUGAGACUAAAUUCUAUUCUGACAGAUUUUAAAAGGUAUGAGGGAAAGUUGUGAAAUAUACCAGAAAACAGGAUUUACCCGUUAGCAUGUAACUUUUUUUUGCUAACGUUCACUUUUCUGAAGUCAUGAUCUCUCAAGUUGAUUAAACCUCUCACCAACAGAUAAGAUGUACAGGAUUUGAGGUUACUCAGCACUUGGCUGAGUUGCACUGUAAAAAUCUUUUAAUCUAAAAUUUUUCAUUCAAAUAAAGAAAUUAAACAGUUUGCCUGAUAUCUUCAUGAAAUGUUCUGCAUUAAAACCUUCUCAGUUUUGUUUUUGUUUUUUUAAAUCUGAAUGCAUCUGUUAACUUUUCUUUUUUAAUCAGCUCUACCAAAUAUAUUGUAUAGACAACAUAUCAUUACUGAAAUUUUGGGAAAUUGUAAAACAUCCAAUAAUCUGUCUUUUUUUGAAAGGCAUAGAUACACACUCCUAAAAAAUGUAUCACUUAAACCAGGUCUUCCUUCUAUCCCAGAAGGAAGUAUUUUACUCUCUUCAUUUGACUGCACAGUUCCUAGGCACUAGACUGGAAAUUAGUAGGGUAGAAAGCAGAGGAGACUGGUUGCAAACUCAGAAAAUAAAGGAGCUUGAACUGAGAAAUGUUUUCUGCCAAGAAUCAACUGAGCUUUGCUGAUUUGACUGAAAUACUAACAGCUAACUGAAAGCUGGUUGUGGUACUUACAUAGUGAUGCCACAACCAUCAUCAUCACCAAAACCUAGACAUACUUCAGUCUAUAAGAAAACUAUAUAUACCUCUAUGGCUUCUCUUAUUUGAAAUUUAAGUGUUAAAUAAUGAAAUUCAAGUCUCUACUGGCACUGUACUUUUAUAGCUCUUCCUAGUAAUCAGAGUAUUUAUGUGUUAUGCUCAUUCAGUUCUUUCACAGAUAUACUAUAAUUCUUCUAAGGUAGUAAAAAAAACAAGUAUAUUUCAUAUUAUUUUGAUUGCACAUUUCCAUAAUUAUUAGCCUUUCUAUUAUAAUAUCCAUAAAAGUCAUCUUGAAAACUGCAAUACUUGUUCCAAAGAACUAGAUAAAAACAGUUUCACACAGCAGAUCACUCUUUUAACAACUACAUAAGUUUGGAUCCAUAUCAGCAUCUCAUUUCCUGUUAUUUGAUUUGUAAUAUUACUUGAUGAGUGCAGUACAGAAAACUAGCAUAGCAAAUUAGUAGAGCAGAUAAGAUUUUUCUAGUAUCUGGUACUCAAGGACUACAUCCCAGAGUUUUUUUUUUUUCCACUUCCUGUAUGUGUGGGUGUCUGAGACCCUUUGAGCAUUGGUUUCAUUUGAGAAAAAACACAUGCUUUUAAAUGCCUUACUACAGCAUUCAGAAAUGCAAGGAAAUACUAUCCUAUUGUGUGAGCAGUUGUCCAGUCCAUUGUAUACUAUGGGACUGGAUGCUUGAAAAACAAGGAAAAAAACAUGUUUUUAAAGUUCUGCACAGUUGCCUGCUUUCCCUAACCUAGGCAGCUUCAGCAUAAAAUCCAACCACUACUGAUAGCAGUGUUAUGAAAGAAAGAAAUGAGAGCACUAGUUUUACCUGAAAUUAGUGCUCAACUGCUAGGACAUGAUUGCUUUAUGCAUCUCAUUAUGUAGCUUCUCGAGUGUACUAAACGCUACCUUCCUUCUUGUGAUCUCUUUAUAUUCUGCUAAAACUAGUCUGCUUUUCUGAUGAAAUCAGUAAGCAUUUUACAGCUGAUGGAAUCACAGUCUUUGUGAGAGAUGUUAACACUUUUCAAAGUAUGAGUUAAGGUAUGUGGUUCAAAACACGUUAUUUUAAGUUGGUAUGUAUUAUGCUGUUGCUGUAUCUCACCUAUCUUUGAAAAUGAGCUCAUUCAAUGCUUGCACAGCACUGUCAUUGUGUGCAAAGGUGUCAAAAGGUGUUCAAGGCAGAGCCUUGUCCAAGGACCGAUCUGGAAGAAACUCUUAACUGUACACUAUAUUGCAAAGAAAAAGCCCUUACUCUCUUCUUUUGUUACAAGAUUGACUUGGACGCAGAGUUUCAUAUGCUGUUUGAAGUUAAACUAUAGUAAUCAAUAUGCCUUUUGAUUUCUAUUUUGUUCCACAUACUGUGCAAGAGUAAUGAUACUUCCAUUCUAGAAAUUACCAUCACAAACAGAUAACCAGUGAUAGCUCAUUUGCAUGAAGCAGCGGUUUCUAGCUGCUUUGAACUUGGGAAGGUCCCUGCAAGAUGCAAUAGUUCUGAGUUCCUAAAUCUUGCUCCACCUUCGUGUGUGCAAUUUAGAACAGACUGAACAUACUACAGACUUUUGGCCUCUUUUCUAAACUGACUAAAAAGAUCUUGAGGUACUCUUGCAACACACAAGGUUAGUUCAAGUGCUAAAUAAAAUUACAUUCAACUUCAGAGAGUAGUUUUCUUUGGAAAAAAGAUGCUCCUACAACUGCUUCUCAAAGAAGUGUGCCUUCCAUCACAUUUCCUUUCAUACUGAUUUUUUUUUUUUUAAACCUAUAAUUACAUGUAGUGGCACCAGCACAAGAAAUAACAAAGUUAUAUUUUCAAAGUUAUAAAUGGCACUUGAAAUUCUAAUUUUUUUAAUCAGGAUUUUUCUGCAUGUUUGAAAAUUUUCUACAGGGACAUGAUUGUACAGCUUACGUUCCAAGUUGGGAUUCCUAUAAAAACUUAGCAUUAGGUUUUGAAGCUUCCUAACAGUAUUAAAGAUGUCUGAAAAAGUAAUGAUUUUUGAUGUAGUUGUUGUCUUGCAGUACUGAAGUGUUUCACCCCCCCCCCAACCUUAAUGAAACUGAAAAAUGAUGGUACAAAUAAGAUGUUAAAAUAGAAUGUAUACUGAUUAUGUGCACACAUUUUACUACAUGUAGAAGGCAUAUGAUAUUGUAAAUAUGUAUUACAUGUAUACGUGGAUAUUUUAUUGAAAGACUAACAGAUAUUGCCAAAUAUUUUCUAAUACAGAAGACUUCCAUCUGUUUCUAUUUCAGAAAAUUCUUCUCUUUUUAACUGUUCGUAAGAACUUAAAGAAUUAUUUUAUUGUUUUGUUAUCUGCCAUACUUACUUGCAGAUUAAAAGAAAUGAUCAAUUACA